CCAUCGUUCCCCAUAGACUUUCGGCCAUGGCAUCUACAGGCAAAUCCCUCGUUCAAACCCUAAGGCGCUACAUCAAGAAGCCAUGGGAAAUCACUGGUCCAUGUGCGUCACCGGAAUACAAGUCUGCACUGCCUCGUGCCACUGACUACCGGCCGUUUUGUCCGGCCACUGAACCGGCGAAGGCCAUCGUCCCAACUUCAAAUCCAGAGACCGUGUUCGAUAUCAAGUACUUCUCCCGUGAUCAGCGCCGUAACCGCCCGCCCAUCCGCCGCACCGUGCUGAAGAAAGAUGAUGUCGUCAAAGCGAUGAAGGAGAAGUCGGUUGAUGUCAGUGAUUUACCUCCGGUUUAUUUGACGAAGGCAAUUGAAGAAGAUUACAAUGCGUGCGGUGGAGGUUAUGUUAAGUAAUCAGGUAAUCUUGCGGGACUCAGGAAUGACUUGCCUGCCACCAAUAAAUCGAACGUUGUUGUUUCUUAUUGGGUAGUUUUUCUUGCGGUUGCAUUCUUUCGUGUUUCCCUUUUUAUCUUUCUGUGAUUUUAUGCCAUCAUACGACUUCGUUGAAAAAAUAAUUACAGUUGUAUCGUUAUAACACAAAAAAUAUCAAAAUUGUGACGAUGCUGCAUCUUCUGAACUACUUGUGCGCAUUUUUUUGAAAGUAAAGAUGCUUUGAUAGCAUGUUGGGUGCG